GCGCGAGCGCCGCCGACGCCGGAGGCGACAGCGGCCGAGACGUGCGCGAGAGGUCGCGCGCCGGCGCAGGUGGACUUCACCCUCCACCUCCGCCCGGAGGCGGCCAGUCAGGAUGGCUACCGCGUGGCAGAGGAGCGCAGCAUCUGCGUGGCGGCGCCGGGGGACACGACGGUGCUGUCCGCCGUAAGGCGGCGCGGACAGGGGGAAAACACAACGGCGGGGCGGGCAGCAGGCAAGCGCUCAACCACCUGGGGCUGCCCGGUGGACGGCAGCUUCGACAUCCUCAGCCUGCAAGGCCGAGACUACAAGAGGGGUUUCCGGGACGCGACUGCCCUGACAGGUGACCGUGCGGUGCGGGUGGGGGGCUGGGCGACGGCGCCCAUCUCCCUGCACCCGCGCUGCCUGUUG